UGGAGGGAUGGAGAAAGAUAAGUAAGUGAUCAUUUUUACUUUUCUUUUUUUUUCAUUAGCUUUCCAAGACUAACGCAACCUAUCACAAGCUCUUUAAACACGUUGAAAAGGAUGAAAUAUUAAAACAAAGUUUUACAUGUGCUCUACAAAAAGACAUACUGUAUCAAGGGAAACUGUAUGUGUCUGAAAACUGGAUUUGCUUUAAUUCCAAAGUCUUUGGAAGAGAUAUUAAGAUUGCAAUACCUGCCUUUUCCGUGACUCAAAUUAAGAAACAUAAAACUGCUUUACUCGUACCAAAUGCUCUAUGCAUAUCAACAGAACUUGAGAAAUUUAUGUUUGUUUCAUUGCUCUCCAGGGAUGCGACCUAUAAGCUGCUUAAAUCUGUUUGCGUACAUCUGGAGGACAGAACUGAUGAUAUCAGUCCAAAUCCAUCCUCUCUUGAAAAUAGUUUCAGAGCUGAACGUCCAACAUCUUUACCUCUGGAUUUCAAUAUUGAAGAUUUGACUGACCUUGCAGUGUGUCGACGACGAGAGUUGGAGCAAUCUAGUAGCUCUGGAUCUCAAACUCCAGAGUCUGAAAAUUCUCAAGAGUUUAGUACAACCCAAACGUUAUUGAAUAUUGCAAAGAAUGAUGAUAUUCCAGUGCUUUCUGAUGUUCACAUAAAAGAAGUACCAGAGAUAAAGAGAAGGACCUGUCACGAUGAUAGACAUUCCUUGGUUUGGGGAUUAUUACACAGAGUGAAAUCUAAUGGUGUCCAAUAUCUUUCUGUGAAUACAUUACUGGUGCUCUAUCUGAUUAUCGUCAUUGUGCUAGUUCUGUCAUCCUUCUACAUGGGCUUAAAAAUAAUUGCCUUGGAGCAGCGCCUAGCCUCACUGGGAGCAUUGCCAGAAUACCAUGCACAUCACAAAGAUUCUUUUGCUCAUCGUGGCAUGGGAUUACAGUUCCACGUGAAUACAGAUCUGAUCUACGAUGAAUUGUCAGAAAAUCUUGCAAAAUUGGAAAAGAUACAGAAGAAUCUACAAAAGCUUCUAGAAGGAAAUGAAUGAGAUGCGCUACUUUUUAUCAUCAGUAUGUUUUGUUCUCACCAAGGUCAUACAUCUCUGGAAUGUAACGUGAACUCUGCAGGACAGGGUGUGGGAUUGUUUAAGUUUUAAUCUUGUGUUUCUCAGAAUUCUGCGCAGCCUUCUUUCUAAGGAAAUAUGCAAAUAAUCUUCAAGUAUCUGUGCAAUAAUGACCAAAAAAUAUCCUUUAUCUAAAAAUUAAUUUUACACUUUUGAAAAAUAAUGAGAUUUGUAGUGUUAUGUAUAAGAAAUUGAUUUUCUAAAAGUAGUCUAACCAUUUGAUUCUAAAAGCACUCCAUUCUCUAAAGGUUAUUAGAAUACUUGGUGUAAAACAUGUGUUGACCAUGUGUAUGAUCUCCUUGCUCAAUAGUCUGAUAUGACAAAAUUGUUAGACUCCAGAAUGUGGGGUAGGUUUUUAUCUUUGGUGUCUUAGCACAGUCAUAGGCUAAAUCAGGCAAAGAUGAUCAUGCAAAUUCCAGAUUUCCCUUCGAGGCAAGAAAAUUAGACGAAUAGAGCGAUACAAUUUUUCAUAGCAAAUUUCCAUCUUUGUACCAUGGCUAGAUAUUGCUUUACCCAGAGGCUAAGGAUAACAAUUUACCCUAUUGUGUCUGAUCAACAAGGGGAUUGCAUUCAUGACUCUAGACGUACUCUAUGUUCGUGUGAGUGAAUUUAUAACCGCAUUGUGAUCUGAUACUAUUUAUAUAAAAUGCAAUUGUGUUCUUUUAAACCCAUUUCUAUGAAAUGAUUUCUCACGAAAUUCUGUAAAUAAAUUUUGCGCACACUAAAAGAAUUUAUGCUGUUUCUGGAGGUAACCUGGCAGACACGGUUUAAUGUGGAUCGUAUUUAAACAGUUACUGGUUCUGUUUGGCAGUUUUACUAAAAAGGUGCUAAAUAUUGAAACAUGAUUGUUUUUUAUAUAUCACCUAUUUGUGGGAUCUGAAAUGAAACUUUUGUGCUGUUCACUUGUAGCAAAACAUCUUAAUUUUGUAUAUAACUGCUAGUUUUCUCAAUGUAGAAGUGAGAAUGAAAAAACCCUUCACAAUAAAAUGUUUGAACGCUGA